AGUCGAAAUGAUUCUAUGUCUUGUAGAAACAGCAUCACUAGUUUAAACCCUUCUGAAGAUUCAAUCGUAGAUUUUCAAAUAGAGAAUUUUAAAAGUAGUGAUUCAAUUGUCUCAGAAAGUGUUACAAUAGAUUGUGAAAACUUAGUAGAUGCGAGUGUGCAAACUGAUAUGACUGUCAAAAAUAUCAAUCAAAUAGAAACUGAGUUUAUAUAUAAAAACAAACUUAAUUAUGAUUUGCGUGCAAAUUUAGUCAAACUCCAUGUGGGAACUAUUGAAUGGUUUGAUACCGAUUCAAAAGUAACAUUUUACAUUGGAUUGCCAAAUUUGAAAAUUUUAUGUUGUUUAUUUAACUUCUUAAAGCCUCUUAUAACUGAAAAUGAGAACUCAGUUUUAUCGUACUUUGAAGAAUUUUCUUUGACGCUUAUGAGAUUGCGUUUAAAUCUAUCUAUUAGAGACCUUGCUUAUAGAUUUGAAACUUCAAAAUCGACCUCAUCAAAAGUAUUUUUAAGAUGGAUUGACAUUAUGUACUUCAGAAUGAAACAUUUAAUUAAAUGGCCUGCUCGCAAUGAGCUUAUAGAAACUAUGCCUUUAUGCUUCAGAAAAUAUUUUGAAACAAAAGUGGCUGUGAUAAUUGAUUGCUUUGAAAUAUUCAUAAAUAAACCAUCUAAUAUAUGCGCAAGAGCAGCAACUUGGUCACAGUAUAAACAUCACAAUACUGUUAAAUUCUUAAUAGGUGUAAGCCCACAAGGUGUGAUAACAUUUGUUUCUAAAGCUUAGGAAGGACGUGUUAGCGAUAAAUACCUAACAGAACAUUGUUCAAUUUUAAAAAACAUUCUUCCUGGAGAUGUUAUUUUAGCUGAUAGAGGUUUUAACAUUGCUGAGAGUAUUGGUUUUUAUUGUGGGGAGCUAAAGAUUCCAGGAUUUACAAAAGGAAAGUUACAACUGACUUGUUCAGAUGUAGAAACAGCCCGGAAAAUUGCCUCUGUUCGAGUACACGU